UCUUCUUCUUAGUAUAUCUCUCUCUACAUGUCCUGACGUGACGGGGUUUUGAGAACGAUUGAUGCUGACCACAAUCCAUCUUUAGCACCACUGAUCUACAUGGCUGGCGAGUCCUCUAACCCUGGCACCGUCGAAGAGAUCUUCAAAGAUUUUAGCGGUCGUCGCUCUGCUUUUCUUCAAGCUCUCUCCAUAGAUGUUGACAAGUUCUACUCUUUAUGCGAUCCUGAAAUGGAGAAUCUGUGUUUGUACGGACACUCGAACGGGACGUGGGAAGUGAAUCUUCCAGCGGAGGAAGUGCCUCCUGAGCUUCCCGAGCCAGCGCUUGGAAUCAAUUUCGCAAGAGAUGGUAUGCAGCGUCAAGAUUGGCUCUCCUUGGUUGCUGUCCACAGUGAUUGUUGGCUGCUCUCUGUUUCUUCCUACUUUGGCGCUCGGCUCACUCGCAAUGACAAGAAACGCUUAUUCAGUCUGAUGAACGAUCUCCCAACUCUCUUUGAAGUAAUGACCGGUAGGAAGACCAUCAAUGAUAAACCAAGCAUGGAUCUUGAGAGUAAAUCCCUAAACGGCGUAAAGAGAUCAAUUGAAGAAGGGGAGACAAAGAGCACACGGAAUUUGAUGGAAGAGAGCUACGAAGACGAGCAUGGGGAAACACUAUGUGGAAGCUGUGGAGGACACUACACAAACGAAGAGUUCUGGAUAUGUUGUGAUGUGUGUGAACGUUGGUACCAUGGAAAGUGUGUGAAGAUAACACCAGCCAAAGCAGAGAGCAUGAAGCAAUACAAAUGCCCUUCUUGCUGCACUAAGAAAGGAAGACAGUGAGUGAUGGCAUAAGCUCUCUCUGUGUUGCGUUAUAUGUCGGAGCGACAGGGAGUCUAUAGAGAGAGAUAUCAACCUGUUCAGCAACUUUUGAUCAAUAAUGCCUUUAUUGAUCAACCUGUUCAUCAACUUUUGAUCAAUAAUGUCUUUACUGCCUUGUCUUGUGUAUGUAGCAACUCUACUUCGGUCGUUUAAAUGAGUAAUCAUAGAUCGGGGACAAACUA